AUUAAUUCCACCUCUCAAGGUUGCGGGUGCGUGAACUGUAGGCAUAUUCUGACUAAUCCUUGUUUGGCGCUUUGAGAAUCCAAGAUCCACUCCGUUGAUAUGACUCAUCCUGGUUUAUCCAUUAUCAAGUUGCCAACCACAGAUUCUUCAACCGUCAACAGCGUAACAGAGAGUGCGGGGGAAAAAGUCACUCAACGUGUUGUGUUACUUCCAAAACAGAGUAACUCAGGAAGUCAACUUGUUUGGCGUGGUGGUUGUUUGCAAAGCAUUUUAAGUGAUGUGCCAAGUCAAAAUAACCAACCCAAUGUUGGACAACUAGGUGGCAAUUUUGGAGAAAAUAUUCAGCGAAAGGUAGUCAACAUAAAUCCUUUUGAGGAUAAAUUGUUAUCUUCUCUAUCAAUGCCGUUGAUGUGGAAUCAAAAUCAGCAAGAUACUACUAAAAAUGGGUCUUGUAAUAUGAAUUCCAAAAACAAGAACUUAAAGCGAUCUAGGGAUGAGUUCAAUCCUAAUAAUUCCGAAGAUAACAGUGAUUCAUCUGGAGAAAAGUCAUCUACAAAGGUACGAGCAACCAAACCUCGCAUUCGAGCACAAACGAAACGUUCAGGGCGGAGAAAUGCUCAAAAACCAGUACAACAACCCCUUCUUUUAACCUUGCGAUCUUUUCAUCCACCUGGAAACUUAUUACUUCCUCCACUUGAUCUAAUUUCUAAGUUUGAUGGCUUAGUUGCAUUUGAAAAUGACAAAUUAGUAAUCAAUAAUACAUUGGGUGGUUUAUCAACAAUCAAUGAAGAAAACACUGAAGAUGCAUCAACAACAGCUAAUGCUGCUGCAACAACUUCCAGUCGAAUGAAGAGUAGUGCAGGAAUCAAUGAUAUUGACUUCGAGGAAUUUAAACAUUACAGGCGUCUCAAUGGCUAUUCACUUUUCGUACACGUUAAUAAGAAAAAAUAUGAAACAUUUCCAGGUUCGACACCUGUAGAUGACACAAAUGAUGCCGGUGAUAAUAUGCAAACUAGCCUUGGUGCUUCUAAUAUGGGAAAAGAAAACCAGAAGUCCAAUCGUAGGUGGCAGGCUUUAUGGUUAACAAUGCCAGAAAAAGUUAAACGUGAAUGGAAAAACAAAGCGAAGCGUCUUUUGAAACAAAUUGAACAGCAUGAAAAACGAGAAGUUGUAUCUGAGGAUAAAAAACUACGUGAACGUGAUCGUUUGGAAGUUCAACUAAAUCGCACACAAACAACAUUUUAUAGUUUACUUGAUUUGGCUGCUCAUUUUCAGCUUUUAAGUGAUCGGUUUGCAACAUUUUCUAAAAAUGUUAAUGAUUAUGAGGGACCAAUUGAACCUGUAGGUGUAGAAUCCUUACUACUCGAUGGUUUACUAACAUGUUUAAUUCCAUUGAUUGCAUUAACAACUGAAUUGGAUCCAUUCACAGAUGUUCCUGAUCGUAAAACUAUAUGUGACGCUUUAACCAAUUUAACUUUCAUUGCGCCAUUUUGAAACACACAAAAUUUAGAAACAUUUAAAUGAAUUUUAUGUGAGAAUACAUGCAUGUUAUGUUAUAUUAAAUGUAAAAUAUUUAUGUAAAUAAAUUUUUUUAUCACUUUUAAA